AUCUCAAUUGCUGCUGCGUUGUCUGCUGCAAAGUACCGUGAGACGUUCGAUAGUGGACCUCUCGGUUGAGGUAAGUGAAUAAACCGACAUCUCCAUCAUUCACGGCGAUAGUAUUCUUGAAGGUCGAGCACCCGAGGAAAAGAGUGGCGUGUUCGAUAGCCUCCUCCGUGGCUGGUUGUUUAUCCUUGUUGAUGACCGGGCGGAAGCAGCGGCGGCAGGCGGCUCUUUGGCAGCAGGGUGCCCGCUGAGGUGAUGGGGAGGAUGGAUGAAUGAGGUUGGUUGGGACGGCAGUUACGCUAGUUAACCGUAACGUUUCUAUGAUUCAGCGAUUUAAUGCAGACGAAGCUGAUACGAGAGCUGAUAAAACAUUAGAAAAUGCGAAAGUUGUGAUGCUGAGUAGCUGAGAUUAAGGGGGAACCGUUCUCGAAAGCUGAAGGAUGUACGGGGCCGAUGUGAAUAAUGGCUGUAACGUUACCUACCGUAGCCUCACCGGCUAACAUAACCUGAGUAACAUAACCUGAGGUGGUUACUACUUUCCUUAUGGAGCUGUAAACCCCUCUAUUGGAGGAUGAGUGUCAAAGUGGUGAUCCUCUUCAGCACCAUGGACAGCCUCACAACCUGACGAUUUGAUAGAGUAUUUUAUCUUCUAAGGUUUACUGUAUUAAGCACAUUUAUACUCUAAAUCCCCGAUUGGGACUGUGGACUAAGUCAAACAGACAAAAAAACUAUUAACUAUUCUGGAAGUCCUCGGUAGACAAGCAUCCAUACAUUUUGUUCGCUCAUUAUUUACUUGCCAGAUCUUGACUUCUGCUGUCAACACACGUACAGAUGUUUGUAAAACAGUUUUUGUCUUCAUUUACUCAAAUAAAGAAGGAAAAAACAACCUGUUCCCCGUAACUAGGGCUGGGCGAUAUGGGAAAAAGUUAAUCACAAUAUAUAUUUUUUUCCAUAUCAGUCGAUAUAGAUAUAUAUCACAAUUUAAAAUAUGAAAUUUGAGAGUGCUUAUUGAUAGAAUUUCUUUUGCAAUACAGUAAUCCACUGAGCAAUAGAUGGCUAUUAGACAUCUAGUCUGUAUUUAGACCUAAUUUCAACCGUCUAGAUUCUGUAUAUUUUUAGACAGAAUUUAGACGUUGCACUUUAACCCAUUAUUCGAUAACUAUUUAUUUCAAAAAGCAACUGUGAGUUGCAUAACUGUUCUCCAAGUACUUAACCAAAAUAAUUAUGAUAGCCGUUGAGUAAUAUACAGUUAGACCUCUGUUAGCCGGCUAGUCUAAACUUGGUCUAAAUUUAGAUGACUAACAAACUUAAAUUUUUAGACCUAUGGUAGCCUGAUUUUAGACCAGUGGUCUAGGCUACAUUUACACGUCUAUUAGACCUCUUUUAGACCAAAAAAUGCUUGGUGGGAAGCUACUGCGUCUGUGAGGACUUUGUGUCUCUUCAGUGUUUUGACGUAAGGCAUUGUGCUCAUAGACUGUAUGGACAAAUUAAUUCCGCCUUCUGCCAGUAUAUGGAUUUGAAGCCAAAAAGCUCUCGGUAAUUCCACAUUUUUUUCUCCAUUUCCUGAAAUCAACAUUGCACGGUAGCGUUGUAUGCACCCCAUCACUUGCGCAGAUGCAUUGUAUGAAUUCGAAGGGAGGGUCGCCAAAAGUCGCUGUAAUGACGCUCGGCUCAAACAGCGUAUCCCUCAGGUGAGCUAUGCCAUCUUCGUACGUCUGUAGGCUGUAUCAAGUGUCAAUCAAACAAAACAUGAACCCCCUAAUAACUUUUAAAAAUGGAGCUGUACAGAAAACAGGACUUGAGCACAAACCAGUCUUACAAUAACUACAUAUCAACAUCGCAAGCAGUGGGGAAAAAAAUGUAUGUUCUGUGUAAUAAAUUUCUAAAGUUCGUCCACAGCUCAAUAAGCUUUGCUGGCGGAGGCCGGAUUUAUGACCUAUACUGCAGCCCGUCACCAGAGGGUGCUGUUCUCGGAGUGGCUUCAUCCAUCGAGGAGGCAGACGCUGUCCAUUCUAUAUACAGUCUAUGGUUGUGCUAGAGAAAGCAGACUGAAUGGUCAGCUUUUUCGGCUGCACAGGCACUAUGGGCUCCUUGCUCUGCUCAGGGUUUGUAAACUUUUGCAUCUGCUGCGUGGCGCUGCUUCAGGUGGUGAAAAAGAUUUGAGGUUUGUCCCGGCUUUGCGGGAUCAUGUACUCGAAAUAAUUUGAAGUAGACAUUACUCUGCUUCAUGUUUGACCUAAAAAAAAAAACAAAAUACCUCCACACCACCGACAUUUUCAUGCCAGUGUUGUUGACGAUGUCAGUAUCUGUUGAGCCCUCAUCUGCAUUUUCUCAACGACAGUGCUGUUGGCUUCACGUGUUGAAGUGCUAUGGUUGGGUGUAGAUGCAGCCUGCUACUACGCAGUUGUUUGCUACUUGGUUCUAAUUCAGCACAUGAUUGGUUCAGCAUGAAGCAACUCCCCUUUUCAUUGGCUAUUCAUAUAGUCUUCCAAAACAUGGCAGAAUGCCAACAAUUAAAAGGAUAUUGACCAUGUUUUACAUUGAUAUUGAGAGAAAUUAAUUUUCGAUAUAUAUCAUUAUCGUUCUGUUGCUCAGCCCUACACGUAACCCACUUUUACAGGAAAAUGGAGUUCUUAUAAUAUACCCAUACCUCUGGAGAAAUGUACUGACUGGUUGCAUUCUACAAAGCCUAUAUCAAUACCCAUUCAAUUCAUUAUUAUUUCCAAAAGAGACACUUAUACACUAUGAGAACACUAAUGUUAUCGCAUGAUCUCACACUCUACUCUUAAUAGAUUACAUUGAUCAGCCGAUCAGCUCAUUAACACUCAAAAAUGUACACCGUAUCAUGACCUGGUUCUGGACAUCUAAAUGAAUGAUUUUUUAAGCAUGGUAAACAUGAUUAUGAUUGUAAAAUGAAUUAUAAUGUGCAUAUGCAGAAGCAACCCUGCUGAUAGAUUUUUAGGAAUGAUGUCACCCUCUUUGCAAACAACAAACAGGCAUUAAACUCACUGAUUAAAUAUUGAAGAUCCAUCGAGUCAGUGCAGCACAGAACAAAACAGAGUUCUUGUAUUGACCUUGAAGAGACAGUGUUGUUUAUGGAAAGUUGAAUAACUCUUGUGUAAGUGUUAGAUAUGCUUUCUCGUGCCAUUCCUCCUUCACUCUGCUCGUCAAGUACAGAACUCUCCAGAGAGCUAACUAUUUCAACUUUGUGUGAGGAAAAUGUACUUGACAUGUGUUAUACUUUUAAUACUUUAACCCCAGUUUUAUCUGUUAAGAUGACAAAUGUUGGGUUUUGGACAUAUACUGAAUCUAGUCAGCAGAGGGAGCUCCAGAUCAUUUGGCAUCACAGUCGGUGAACACUACAGUGUCCAUUUCAGUAUGCAGACUAUGCCAGUAAUCUGUAGUGUAUGGAUUGUUUACUAUUUAGCCUUUACCAGCUACAAUGAGACCAUGCAUCAGAGCCGCAGAGAGAGGGUCUUCUCCUGUCCCUGUUUUAGUCCAGGUGGUUUUGUGGUGCGGUUGUGUUCAAGCUGGGCCUGGUAAUGUGGGACAUUUUGCAUUUGCUCCGGGGGUUGGCAGCGUUGACGUUGCAUGCCAACAGUUGAAGGAAAAAAGGAAAGCAAAAGGGUUUCUGAACAGAUUGUGCUGCAGCCUGCAGUCAUGGCAAUGACAUGCAUCAUCUCUGACAUGAUGACUGAGUGUGAUUAGCAGGACCCGCACCUGUCCUUUUGGUGUGCACUGAGAAGUGAGAUUUUCUGGCAUGAUGGUGUUUUUUAGAAGGGGAGCUGAAGGAUGCACUCUUUGAUAUUUCAGCAAGGCCGUACAGACCAAGCAUAUUAGUAAUCAGCAUAUCAGCAUAUUAGUAAUCAUCUCUUGAAUUUAACAUAGCAAUAACAGCUUUGUAACAAUCAUUCAUUUGAAAAUGAACAAAUGAGCUUUGAUUAAUAUCACUACUGUAACUGAUUAAUUUAAGUUAUAUUGGGUCAAUUUUGGGGCUUGAAUGUAUCAAAGUACUGCUUAAUUUUGAUAUUUUUUGUAAGUUGUGGUUUAGGCCAUUAUUUUCAUUAAUCAGAUCAGCUAUUUUAAUGCCCUGAUUACCUUGUAUCUAGGCAACGAACUCCAAAGUAUUACAAAAUGAUGAUUUUUCUGUCUCUUUCAGAUCUACUUCACUAUCUACUCUUACAGAGCCAUAAAAAUUUUCAAGGGCCCUGGUAUCAAGAUUAUAGCGCACACUUAAGUUUAAAAACUUUAUCUAAAUCAUGGGGAACAUUUUCGGGAAUUUGCUCAAGAGCCUCAUCGGGAAAAAGGAGAUGAGGAUCUUGAUGGUGGGGCUCGAUGCUGCAGGAAAAACAACAAUACUCUACAAGCUCAAACUGGGGGAAAUAGUCACCACAAUCCCAACAAUCGGUAUGUAAAAGCACCAUCCAAAUAUUAUACUUUUCAGUCAUUUAACACUUCUGUAUAUCUAACCUGGCUCUUGCUUUCAGGGUUUAACGUGGAGACAGUUGAGUACAAGAACAUUAGCUUCACAGUAUGGGACGUGGGUGGGCAGGACAAGAUCCGCCCCCUCUGGAGACACUACUUUCAAAACACACAGGGUGAGCAAAGCUAAUAGGAGGGUAAACAUCAAACUGAGGAGCACACUCUUCCUCCUCUUUCAAAGAUAAAAGUUGACUUUUUGUUCCCUUGUCUCCGUUUCAGGUCUAAUCUUUGUGGUGGACAGUAACGACAGAGAGCGUGUGAAUGAAGCACGAGAGGAGCUGAUGAGAAUGCUUGCUGAGGAUGAACUGAGAGAUGCUGUCCUCCUUGUGUUUGCAAAUAAACAGGCAAGAAACUACACUAUUCAUCAUACUCACUGUACUUAUGAAUGAGUACACAACAGAGCUAGACCAACUGAAGUAACAAGCAUCCUCCGUACUGGUGUCUCUUGGACUUCAAGCAGCAAAAUUAUUUGGGAUUUGAUUUAUAUUGCGGCUUUCCUAGUACCUUUAAAAAAGUCGCUUGAGGUCCCAAAGAAGCAUCCACAGUUCACUGAAGUUUUCGGAGCUUUAAUAACAGAAAAAACGCUUCCACAGUGACCAAUGAUUACACGCGCACAUCAGACAGAACAUGUGUACACUUUGCGACGUGUAUCAUUGCAAACAAAGAACAUAAAGCGCGGUCAACAAAAAUUACGGCUACCUAGGCUCACCUCUCCACCCCUUAUAUAACUUACCGGCCUUAAAACACAGUGCCCACGUGACCCAAGCCCAGUGAAACCAAUAGCAACCAGACAAAAGUAACUGAACACAGGAUAACCGAUAAGCAAAGCAACAUUAUGACUCCUACAAUUUAUAUGGUAUAAUGUUGUGAAUCUGUAAAAAAAACUGGGUUUUUUUGUGCUUGGAUUGAUUACUACCUUUAUUACAUUGUUACAUUUUAAUGGUCCAAAAAUGAUAAUUUUUUAUCCUAUGAAAUUUUCAUAUCAAUGUGGGAUUUUAGCAAGAUUUAAAAUCAUGACCUAUGCCAGGUCAUGGUGGCAGCACACAGAGCAAGCUGAUCUGUGUCUCCAACAUUCAAGCGCUUCACCAAGGGGUUCCAAGUUGGGGUCCAGGCCAGUGUGUUCUGGAUCGACCCCAGAAAUCAGCCUUGUUUAUGGAGCAGGACCAGUUGACAGUGUUGGGCGAAGGGAGCAAAGCCUGCUGUGGUCAUUGUUAGCUCCUUAUCAGCCAUUCUUGUGUAAAUAGUGCCCUAGCUUUAGCUUGCCUAGGCUAACAACAAUUUAGGUAUGCGGGAGCAGAGGGUGUCCAGGUUAGCAGGGUGAGAGGUGGAUAAGCACACAGGUUAUCCAAUUAUUUUUUUCCAAACCCAAAUAAUAUGACUAGGUAGACCUUUCAGGACUGCAGGACAUCUUUUCUCUUGUUUUUAGGGAAUAAAAAUGAUUUUUAGAUAUUUUUUUAUUAACUUAAGGACUGUACUCUCUGCUCACUGACCUCUCCUUACUUUGACAGGACUUGCCAAACGCCAUGAACGCUGCAGAAAUCACAGACAAGCUGGGUUUACACUCCCUACGUCAUCGUAACUGGUACAUCCAGGCCACUUGCGCCACUAGCGGGGAUGGUCUCUAUGAGGGUCUUGAUUGGCUGGCAAAUCAGCUCAAGAACAAGAAAUGAGAAGAAAAAACUGGAUCAUACCCGCCCCCUUUUUUCUUUUUUUUAUUUGUUUGUUUUGGGAAAUGGGGUGCAAGUUUGGUACAGGGUUUGCAUUGAUGGGUAAGUUCAAGAUGUAGGGUUUGGGAUGUGGGAUCGUCAUUUCCAGUCACUUGAGGUUCGUGAUAAUUUUCAGUGCUUAUUGAAAACAGAUCUACUUCAAUUUGAAUCACACACACGCACGCAUACACACAUAAACACAUAAACACAUAAACACUCAAAUGCACACUAACUGUAAGCAAUCAUCAGACACUUGCUUUUCCUGUGUCCACCUCUUGUCCUUGGGUAAAAUGUACUGUAUGUUAGUCUCUAGGUGCUGUACCAAGUCACAUGUGACUCCACUGAGUCAGCUGAAUCAAGUCAGACUUGUUUUUUUUUUUAAUGUGUCAGUCAUCCGUGCGAGGAACUUUUCUGUGUUAGUUGCACUUCCUCUGUUUCUUUUCCUUUUCUUCGGUGUUACAGAGCCAUGUUUAAGAACAAUCACAGCUGGCAGUCAACAAAACUUACAUAAAUGGUGUACUUUCCCUUUAAUUUCUGAGUACAGCUGAUGCACUUUGAUACUCAGAUACAUGCUGUGAGUUUGUGCAAGCAGCACCCGUCUGUAUACUAAUCUCACACGUCCUCCUGACUGCCUCAUUUUAAGUAUCCUUUUAUAUCUGUAGUAUGUGUCUGAUCUUUAUGUGUAAGAACCUCUCAUGGUACUUUAAAACACACAAUGCUUAACUGAUUGCCAAAGUUGCAUGCGUCCUGCCUAACUUUGCUGAUGUUGUGUAUGUUCCAUCCUUGGGACUGCAAGAAAACUAACCAUACCGACCAAUUACUGCGUUAGAUGUCAGCAUUGACGCAGUAUAUCCAGCUUUGACAUCGAAGAGUUUUCUUUGUCAGCCUGUAAGUGCAUCCACUUGAGGCCUCAAAGUGCAUCAGGUUGCUCCUGGUAUUCGUCUCGGACUUUCAUAUCUGGUGGGUGAUUGUGUUGCCAAUAACCUUUGUGUUACUGAAUGUGAAUAUUGUUCAUGGAUCUCUUUCUGGUCGUGAUAUUUAUUUGACCUUUCUGUCAGUGGUGUGUCAACAAAACCAUGUGAAAGACAGCAGGUUCAUUCAUCAGCACAUCCACAACUCACUUCUGAACAGCAGACAACUUACUGAGUGACCACUGAUACCAGCAGAAUCCACACGCUCCUGUCAAUACAAAUAUUUCUCUGUGCCAUAUAUGAGUUUAAUGACAGUACAACAAACUGUAAGUAAAAACCUCAGAUCUAUGAGUGCGUUGUUCAUAUUCAGCAUCUAUGGUAUGUUUAAUCAUAAGUUUGAUUGUUUGGGUUUUGUGGCCUUAUAUUUAGUGAUGACUUUAAUGUUUUUGUUUCUGAUUAUGUCACAUAUAUUUAUCUAUAAAGAAUGAUUUACAGAUUUAUUUCUCUAUGCCCUUGAGGGGUUUUGCACCAUGGUUAAGGAUGUUUAGGCAAUCGUUAGGUCUUUCUGUUUUGCCAGUACACUUGAUUCAUAGUUGGUGGUAAACUUCUUUGGUUUGAUUUGGUUUUCUUUGAGAUGUAGGAACUUUGAUGUAGACUAUCUGUGAUGAACAAUGAUAAAUCAUACAAAGAAAAAAUAAAUACUUAAAAAUUACUCCUGAUGAUUCAUUCUGUACCUUUAUAGUUACACAAGUAGGUUUAAAAAUGAUGAUACCUUGUUUCUGUCCAGGAAACAUCUGUAUUUGAUGUAAGACAACAAAGUCCUGCUGUAUUACAAAUAAACUCAUUUUCCGUAUGACCCGUCUCAUCAAGUCUGAGUGAUUGUUAUUCAAGGAUUUCUUGUGUGUAACUCCAAAAGGAUUUUAAAAGAGGCUUUAUUAUGGCAAACUUCUACCAGAGGAGGGCAGUCUUUAGCAACAAUCUUUAUCCAACCUAAGACAUGUGACAGAACCUUGACAUGGAUUACCACGACAUACUUUGUUGAUCUGUCAUGUGUUUAUCUGGAGGAUGAUGGCGUAAAUUUUACUCGUAGGCAUAAAAUUGGACACAUCUUGACAAGGGAAGACAAAGGAAUACUUAAAGGGAAAAUAAACUACAAUGUAAAGAGAAAUGUAGUACACAAUUUUAAUAAAGGAUGACACACCAAAUAAAGAAAGGCUUUUUUUUUUAAUAUUUAGAAGCACUGUGGGGCAUACGGUUGUGUUUAAAUCAUGUUACUUUUUUAAUGGACAUGAUAGAUUAAAAGUUCACAGUCAGACAUGGAAAAAUACCCAAACUAUGAAAGGCGUAGAGUAAUUUUCAAAUCUAUUUUAUCUCCAUAUUUCUGUGUUUGUCACACAGUUGUAAUAUCUGGCCUUGUUUUUUUACUUUUGCAUUUAUUUUUAUUGUUUAGACAUUGUAGGAGGUGUCCUAAAUGUAAAGAAUCCUAACAAAUGCUGAUGUUGAGGAAUGGAGUCUGGCACUUAGCACUUGAGUGUGAGCGUGACACUUUGUUUUAACGAGCAGAACCUCAGAAAGACUCUGUUAAUCCUACCAAUUGGUUAUAACCUACUUUGUUUCACUGAACUUCUCCUGUCCUCACUGGUUUGUGUUCCUAAGGGGACAAAAAAGAAAGAACUUUUUUAAAAGCUACUUCCUGGUUGUGGUGAACUAUUAACUAUCUGUUUUGAACAUGUUGGAAUGACUGACUAGAAACAGCUCUUUCUAAUGAACCGGUGACCUCUUUUGUCUUUUAGAUGUGUAAUUCCCUGUAAUUAAAGCCGUUCACAUUGAGAAACAGUAUGUUUUUCAGAGCAUGUUUGUGUGUGAGACAGACAGACUUGAGGCGCAGGCUGAGCCAGUUUCCACAGAGCUGUUCAGCAGGCUCACCAACUCCUGAAGGCAGACAAUUUUUGCAUGACGCUUCAGUGACAAGAUAUGAAGAUGACACAAAGAUAAGAUUUUCUGACCAGACUUGAUGUUUGUGUGGGUAGAAGACAAACUUUUCUGCUCUACAACUUGACUUAAACAUCAUCAACACUGGAAGAAAUUUGAAACAACAUCCAGAAUGUCAAACUUCUGAGUUCAACCAUAAAAUCAUGCAGUAAUAGAGUGAUGCAGCAAUAAAACAAUCUGACAUUUCCGGCACGAAGGAGUGGAGGGGUCAAAGCCCAAUCUUGGUAAACUGAUAUACUCCCAAUCAUCAUUAUAUGUGGCACUAAAAAAGGACCUGAACAGAAAUAGUCAGGGCAUGUUGGGCUUUUUUCAAGUGACUACAUAAAAGUGUCUUUUGUUGGUUGAAGAAACACAAUUUUAGUCAUCAAGGUGAAAAUAAAAAAGCUGUUUUGUUAAUGAUCCCUUUGAAGAAACUUUAUAAACUGUCAUACAAGGACAAGCAGGUAUAUAUUUCGUAUUCAUGUCAUUUUCAUAUCUUGUGUUAGUGCAGAGUUAUAAGCAAUUAAAUAGAGAGUGUGAACAUGUGACAUAUUGCCCCACCAUCAGGUUAGUUGUCUCACUACAUGGGGUAAGAUGUCACAGUGGAUUUUGCAGCUAAUAAAACAAGGACAAAAUUAUUAUUACAAGUCAGGCACAGAAAAUGUUUAUCGUUGAGCUAGAAAAAGUCAUUGAACAUUAGCCAUUAAACAAUCGUUAACAUAAAAUAUUAUGCAACAUGCUCUGGAGUUUGGAGAGCUGUCUGACUCGGUGAAUGCUUUUGCAGUACCAAGCCAAGGUAUGGUAGUUAACAUUGAAGUCCUCUAUUGUACUCCAGAUUGAUUUAUUAGGUAGGGUCACCUGUCUAGCUGCCCUCAGCAUCACGUCAGGAACUGUACUACCAUGUUCUGUUUUUCUUGUGUAAUUCCUGAUCUUGCCUUCUCGCUUUCUCCUCUCCUUUAAACCACUCUUUUCUCUGUAAAAAUAAAUUCAAAAUUUCAUUAUGAUUGACUGCUGAUAAACAGACUCUCUGUGUUAAUUUUAACCCUUUUAAACAUGUGAUAACUAACCCCAAAAUGACUGAGACAUGUUGCUUCACCCAGCAAGGAGGCAGACAGCGUCUAUUCUAUAUACAGUCUAUGAACAGGACACGAUCCCUGACCAUGUAAUGGAAGAAAACUAGUAUUCCACUUUUCAGUUGCGCCCUCUGGUAAGACCAUGUGACAACAAGCCCCGGUCUCCCCUACUUUCUUCUCACUGUGUCUGCACCAACCACAUAGGUCAAUGCUUCAUAAAAUUCAAACCAUAACAAACCAUAUUUAAUAUUUUGAGGCUUGCACUGUUGUUAAAGCUCUGUUAUGUUAAAAGGACUCAGUGACUGGUUACAGUAAAGAAAAAAUGAGUGUUUUCACUUCAGCAGAGCAGUAGACUCACACUGCAUGCAUAACAAUAACAACAAUAACAGCAACACACCCUUUCUUUUAGUUUUGCUUUAGUAUUAGGAAAAAAUGCAUGUUUUUAAUGUCACCAUCAGGUUUUUUUUCUGGUUUCUUGAUCAGUUGUAUGUUCCUGUCUAGUUUUCCUAACAGCAGGCAGGUCUCUUCUGUUGUUGGAUAAAUCAGUGCCAGAGAAUCAGACGCUCGCUCCUCUGAUUGGCUGCUCGCUGCGCUCCAAUCACUGCGCUGUAGUGAUUUCUCUGUCGCAGGCUCGUAAAGUUACGGCUCAGUCAAUUGUCAAACAGGGAAAAACAACGACACGUUUUGACCACUAAGCCGGAUAUACAUUUUCAACUGUGACAAGAGUGAAUAAAACAAGUGCUGCGGCUGGAACCGGAUUAACCCAGGUUUACCUCCUCUGAAUGGACUCUUACCUUUUUUAGGCGACUGUGGAAGUUUUUCUUAGCGAAUACAGAGGCUGGACUGCCUUUAAGUAAUAUGAAUUUAAUGUUUAUUUGAGACGUCGCUAGCUUGGGAAUUUGAGAGGAUGUCGGCCGCCCCCCUCACCAGGAAGGUGUUGCAGGUGCUGUGCGUCCUGCUGCCGUGUGCUCUCCAGCUCUGCAGCGCGCAGACGCAAGAAGGUAGGCUUAGAAACACCAACAUUCACAUUCACUACUUACACUUUUUUGUGUGUGUAUAAGCAGAAAGUAACACAUAACAUGAUUAUAACACUUGUGGUGUAGUUUUCACAAAUCCUGGUGCGCACUUUGAUUGGAGCUGCGGACUCCACCGCGCGCUCUGAUGAAGCACCUGUCUCGAGUCCCUCCUACUCCCUCACAAACAUCAAAACCUGUUCCGCACACGUAAAACUUGUUUGCCGUGAGUCACUUGCGCCUCUCCCACGGCUCUGUGUGCUUUAUCGUGCUUGACUCAAUUGUUUCAAGGUUUUUUCGACACAGGGCCCAACCUUUCUGUUGACUCACAAUCACAGUCAGACCCAAAGAUCUUCGUCUCUGUGAGGCUCAACUCCUCCUGUACUUUAGCUAGAGGCGUGACACGUUCUUCUGAUUUCUUUGUCGUUUAAAAAACAACACUAGAGUUUCUCCCCUAAACAGGCUAGUUAGAGUACAAACAUAUUGGAGACACAUUGGAGCAGAAAGGUCUCUUUGGGUGUUGUUAAAAACCUCAAACAUACUAGGCUUUUACUGUAAAGUUUAAACACAGUUGAUUGAGGUGAAGCAAUUAUCUGCUAUGUGAAAUUUUGGGCACUUUAUUCUUGAAAAAUGGAUUGCACACUAGAAGUUUUGCAAAUCCUAUAUCUUUGCAGAUGCAUGUAUCUUUCUAUUAUUCUGCAGAUCAAUAUACAAGUUUUUGUAUAUGAAAUAUUGAAUUAAAAAAGAAACGUUGAAUGUUGAAUUUACUAUUUAAACUUUGCAUCACCAUCUUCUGGAUGACAGAACUUUCACAGACAAUUUAAAUUUUUGAAAAAUCAAGUAAUUGACAGGUUGUGAAGUGUAAGUAACUUAACACAAAAGUUGUACAGGCUAAAACUUUUAUAAAUAAAACUUGGAUGGCAAAGGAGUGCUAUAAGUUUCUCUAUAACAUGGUGGAGUUAAAGCAAAACUAACACAAAUGGUAGGGGAGAGUGGGGUAAGAUGAGCCAUUUUUCAUAUUUCAGAUCACUACAUCAAGGCAAUCAUAGUUUUGUCUCUAACUAGUGUAUAUUUUAAGAUGUUGUGCAUCUCUGCAAACCUACAGAAUAAGUGUAAACAUAACUGUCUUGAUAAUAUAGCAUGUAUAAAAAAAAAGUGUUCUCCUAUGGUCAACUUACCCCGUAUAUGGGGUAAGUUGACCAUAGGAGCAGGGUAAAUUGAGCCUAAUUCAGACUAAUUCACUUUCAAGAGUGAAAAAUGUUUUUUGUAAAUAAAUGUCUAACCCCUUCACCCAUGUUCUUCUAACCUUCACAGACUCCAUGAAUUGAUGUCCAUUUCCUAAAUAUUUGGUCACAUGAUCAAUUUCUUUUACCAUUUACAAGCAACAGGGGGUGGCUCAACUUACCCUCUGGCUCAACUUGCCCCAGUCUCCCCUAUAUGGAGUUUGCUACUUGAGUGUAACACUUCAGGAAAUUAACUCAAUAGCCUUUUUUACUACCUGUGGAUGGUAAUGUGUUUGCAACAAAGAAAGCUGUUAUGAUUUGAAUCGUGGCAAGGCUCUGUGAACUUUGACCUCCUGCUGUUGUUUACAUUACCUGGGCACAGGUGAGCUGGUUGAGUGUGAAAAACAACAUGAGGUCAUCAUCUGUGACUGGGUGGCUGAUCCUCAGGUGACAGAACCAAGCGCUAAAACUACAAAAGCCCUGUUUGGUCACAUGAGGUUAGAUUGUUUUCAACGGACUGAGUCAACAUGGCAGUAUACAACAUUUCACAUAAAAUAAGCUUUGUUUAUUCGGUGUGCACCCUGUGUUUCACAAAGGAUAAUCAAUUGCAUCAAUGUUAACCCAUGAGGCUGAAGUAUUAGUCAGAGAAACCUCUACUGUUCAGGUCUUUGACAUCUUAAACCAAAGACAUGAUCACUCAUUGCGUCUUCUCUUGUCAGCCCUGGUUGUUAAACCAGUUGUUGAACAGGGUUUUGUUGUGCAGUGAUCAGGCAGUUGUGAAACAUGUUGCUGUUGUUUUGUUGAUCUAGAAAGUUUCAGACUACGCACAUUUGUUUGAACAUGUCACAUUACCGCAGAUUAAAUCACCUGGCCUUAGAAUAACUAAAAAUCUGUGCUUUGAUUUAUUUAUUUUGCAUAUUAGUGCAAAAGGAGUGUCCUUUUUGCUUCAACGUAAGCAACAGGCCUGUCCUUAAGGAGUCAUCUGCCCUACAAAGACAGGUGUUGCCAUGUGUCAUGGGUGCUUUUGACAUAAUCCAUUUGUAUGUUUAUAAAUCAUAAUCGCUGCAGAUGUUUGUCACAAAAAUUCAACAUAAAAAACAGCCUCUUUGUAAUGCUAAAGUGUGACAUCCACAGAAAUGCUGCAGAUUUACUAUAAAGAAGGAUCUCUGCUCAGUGCUAGAAAGAAAAAAAGGCACACAACCUGUGUCUGUGAACCAUGAAUGCACCCUGAAAUGUAAUAGUUAAUGUGCUCAUGUGUGUGUGUGCACAUGUGCGUGUGUAUGUGUGUGUGUGUGCGUGCGCAAGUGCUCACUCAUCAGGUAUGCAGUAAUCUCUGAGUGUCCUGUGCCAAGUUUCUGUUUACCUCAGUCAUCGUCUCAACCGCUUUAUUUGACUUGUUUAUCUCCUCCCUCUUUUCUUUUCUUUUCUCUCUUUCUCCUUUUUUUUUUUUUUUUGUCAGAGCUGUAACCGUGGUAACUGUCGAGUGAAAAUAAGAGCUGAACAUGAUCUGUGUUGUGUGUCUUCAUCAUGUGUUCAGUUUCACUUUGCUGCAGAGGACAAUGACAGCAUUCUGCCCUGAGUUAGUUUUACAUUAUAAGUUUGAAUGAUGGAAUAAGUAGGAAUGAAAGGUUGACAUGUUGCAGUUUAUGGACAAACAUACACAGAGUAAAGUGUCGGCGGAGACACAUAUUGAUGCACUGAAACACUUGUUCAGCUCCAUCAAAAUAGAGACAUUGUGCACAACUCUGCAUGUUUUCUCUCCAUCAUCCAUCUGCCAACACUGAAAGUCCUCCUUUGACAGAGAAAACCCACUCAGCCUGUUCACAUUUCAGCUGCAGCCUGUGCAUUGUGCGUGAGGCUGACAUACUGUUUUGUAGCGUACUGUAUGUGUACACAGUGCACCGUUUUGUCCUCCUCCUCUGUGGGUGGUGCCUGUACAACACGCAUACUGCCGUGUGUUAAAGGUUCUUGAAUGUAUGUGUGCAAAUGCUUGUGAGUAUUUCCCAACAGGCAAUUC